CGCGCGCGUCGUCGUCGUCGCCGACGCUCGCGACGACGAAACGCGCAUGACCUCGUUUCUCGACCGCCUGAAAGAGUUCGGAGGGCACGUCGCGCGCGAGCUCAUCCUGAGCCCGACCCCGCCCGCGAACAGGCUCCGCAUCGAGCGAAGCGCGGGCGCGCGCGAGGUCGACGCAGAGCCGCCGCGCGUCCCGUCGCGAUCGAGCGCCGACCCCGCCGCGAACCCGUACGCGCGAGGAGGCCCCGGCGGCGCGGGCGGCGCCGCGAGGACGCGCGACUUUCUCGCGCGCGCGACGAGCGCGAGCGCGUCUCGGCCGAGGCAUCACCCGUACGGAUCGCCUCCGACGUCGUUCGGCGGGGCGACCGCGUCCAGAUCGCGAGGCGGCGCCGCGAGCGCGUUCGGCGCGCGCUCGCCGCGCGCAGGAAGAAGAUCCUCCCCGGCGCGCGACCCGCUCGUGACGUCCGUGUUCGGCGGCGGCGCGGCGAGGACGUACGGCGUCGACGCGUGGAGAGGAGGAGGGACGAGCGCGGCGGCGGCGGCGGUGGGCGCGUCGCAUCGCUACCCGACGACGGCGUUGGACGCGUUCGCGUCCGCGGAAGCCGCGCAGAGAGACGCGGACCUCGCCGCCGCGGCGGUGGACACAGACGAGCCGUACGCCCCGCACACCAUCUCCAAGCCGCUCCUGCCGCGCUACGUGCGAGACGCGGAAGCGUUGAUCGACCUGACGUUUGAAGAGUCGGCGCGGAAAGCCGCGGCGUCUCGAUCGCGGUCGCGGCUCGGCUUCCGCGGACGUGCGACCGGCGCGGACGCGUCGCCGGCGGCGCAGACGGCGUACUACGAGCAGCAGCGCUCGUAUUCUUCGUACAGCGCCUCGCCCGCGCCGUUCUACGCGCACGGCCCGAGGCCCAUCGGAGGCGGCGGCGGCGCGUUCGGCGCCGCCGAAUACGACGCGGAGAUGACGCGAGACAUCGAGAUCGCGGAGGAGGCGGCGAGGAAGGCGACCGCGAGGGAGCACGCGGCGAUCGUCGCGCGCGCGGGCGCGUCCGCGCUUCGCGUCGACGCCGCGACGCCGUUCGCGGAGAAGCUCGCGAGGCGAUCGAGGUUCGACGCGAGGUAUCACGUCGCUUCCGCGGACGCAGGGAAGAAUGAUGAUGAUGAUGUGCGAUCGAGGACGCUCGGGCGAGGGUUCGGAGGCGCGCUCGCGACGAGUCAGCUCGACCGCGACUUUCGGGCGUUCGACGAGGCGUACGUGGAUUUGCCGUCGCUGGAGGCGUACAAAGCGCGCGUCGCGGAGCUGCACGGGGAGAAGCCGGCGAAGAAGCCAGCCGCGGCGGCGGCGGGCGCGGCGAAGAAGAAGAAGGGGAGGGGACGACCGAAGAAGAAAACCCCGGACGACGACGACGACGACGACGUGGACGUCGACCCGAUCACCGAUCAGCUGUUCGACGACGUCGACGCGCAGCUCGCGGCGCUCAGGCGCGGCGAGGUGGCGGCGCUCGGCGCGAACCGCGGCGACGGCGCGAAGACGACGAAGACGAAUAAGAAAAACGUCGCGACCGAUCGCACCGCGCUGUCGCGCCUCAGAGCGGCGGAGCUCUCGCUGGAGGUGCGCGCGAAAAACGCGAGCCCGUCCGCGCCCGUGGACGCCGCGCGCGAGGCUGACCUCGAGCGUCAGAUCCGAUCGCUCCUUCUCGAGCAGAGCGACCUGGAGAAGACGCGAGAGGAGGUGCUCUCCGCGGCGAAGAAGGCGGCGGAGGAGGAGAAGGCUGGCC